UGGUACUAAAAUUGUGAGACAGUAUUGUUUAUAGAUUUCAUUUAAAUUAUCGAAUGAAAUCCAACCUUUUUCAAAAGAAUGCUUAUGAUAAAAAUAUAUUUGUAUUGAGAUACAUACAAAUAUAAAAUCGAUAUAUCCUGUAACUAUGAAAUAUUAAGAAUGACAGAACCAAUUCCAACAACGGAAAAAUCUAAGAAAAUUAAUGCAAUAAAUAAACAAACUAUCCAUCAGAUAUGUUCUGGUCAGGUGGUUCUGAAUCUUGCAACAGCUAUAAAAGAGCUGGUAGAAAACAGUUUAGAUAGCGGCGCCUCGUUAAUCGACAUUAAGUUGAAGGACUAUGGUAAAACUUGCAUCAGCGUUAGUGAUAAUGGAAGUGGUGUUUUAGAACAAGAUUUUGAAGGAUUAGGUCUGAAGCAUCAUACAUCUAAACUUAGAGAAUUCUCAGAUUUAAUGGAAGUUAAGACCUUUGGAUUUCGCGGAGAAGCACUUAGUUCGCUUUGUUCUUUAGCAGAAGUAAGCAUUAUCACAAGACAUUGCACCAGUGAACAUGGUUUCAAGUUGGAAUUUGAUCACGAUGGUAUUCUACGAAUGAAAGAAGCAUAUGCAAGAGAAAUAGGGACAACUGUACAUGUCAAGGACCUUUUCAAAUGUCUUCCAGUGAGAGCAAAAGAAUUUGAAAAGAAUGUGAAGAAAGAGUACUCUCGCGCUAUUCAUAUACUGUAUAGUUAUUGUUUAGUUUCUGUUGAUACAAAGAUAACAUGUUCAAAUACAAUAUCUGGUAAAUCUUCCAAUCUUGUAGUCAGUACUGCGAGUUCCAGUAAUGUUUUGAGUAAUAUUAAUAAAAUAUUUGGUAAAAAGUCUACCGAUGGACUCUUUGAACUCGAAUUGCUACCUCCUGAUGAAGCAACAAAGCAAGAAUAUAACUUGCCAAAUGAUAUAGUUGUGGAUUUUGAAUGGAAUUGCUAUAUAAGUAGCUGUGAUCACGAUGUUGGACGUUCUGCUCCAGACAGACAAUUUUUCUAUAUAAAUAGUCGACCAUGUGAUCUCGUAAAAAUUAAUAAAUUAAUAAAUCAUACUUAUCAUAAGUACAAUAACAAACAGUACCCGUUUGUUUUUUUAAAUUUAAAAUUGAACAAACAGUCGGCUGAUAUUAAUGUGACUCCUGAUAAAAGAACCAUCUUUUGUGUACAAGAACGCUUAAUAUUAGCUACUCUAAAAUUUAGUUUAGUAACAAAAUGGAAUCAAUUGCAAGGAAGUUUAACGAUUAAGCCUAUAUCUGAAUUAAACUUUGGACUGAAAAGGAAAACUUCCCCUACGAAAUUAGACCCUCCAGCGAAAAGAUUACAGAAUUUACAUACUUUGCCACAAACAGAACAUGUAAAUAAAAAGUGUAUACAAUACGAUGACAAUGGAAUAGAAGGUGAUACGAUAAAUCAGAUAAAAAUAUUAGACAGCGCAGAAAUGCAAAUUAGUAUUUCAACGAUUAAACAGAAAUUUCAAGAAAGACAAAAUAUGUCGAAGCGUACGUCUACAGACACGAGAAUUAAAUAUAAAGCACAGAUGGAAUCAAAUCAAAAUUCUAACGCAGAAAAGGAACUAAAACGGGAAUUAACAAAGGAAUCGUUUCUUAAGAUGGAGAUCAUAGGUCAGUUUAAUCGUGGUUUUAUAAUAGCUCGUUUAAAAGAGGAUCUGUUCAUCAUCGACCAACAUGCUACAGAUGAAAAGUAUCGUUUUGAAAAACUUAAUAACGAGACGCAGUUAAAAACUCAGAAAUUAAUAAUUCCUAAAUGUUUGAAUCUUUCUUCGUUAAAUGAAACGAUAUUAAUUGAACAUCAGAAAACAUUCGAAGAUAAUGGUUUUUCUUUCGAAAUCAAUUCUGAAGCUGAUUCUGGUCAUCGUGUUAACUUGACGGGUAUACCAGUUAGCGGAUACUGGCAAUUUGGACAAGAAGACAUAGAAGAAUUAAUUUUUCUUAUCAGGGAAGGUGGGGUAGAAAAUAAAGAAAAACAUGUAUUCCGUCCAAGUCGAGUGAGUCAAAUGUUAGCAUCCAGAGCUUGUCGCAGUGCUGUUAUGAUUGGUACGGUUCUCAACAAUAACGAAAUGCAAAAAUUAAUUAUACAAAUGGCGCAAAUGGAAAAUCCUUGGAGUUGCCCCCACGGUAGACCAACUAUAAGACAUCUGUUAUCAUUACAGCUUACCUACAAAUAGUUAGUGGUGCCAUCUAGCAGCAACAAUACGCAAUAUUUACAAAAUUUUUGAAUUUGUCUUGAAAAAUGCUUAUAUUUUUAUAUAUUUAUAAUUAGCGUAGAAUCACCCCCUACUCGCUUCUACCACCAAUUACGGGACACCCUGUAUAUGUAAAUGCAAAUAAAUGUUUAAACAAUA